CGGCAAACACGGGCACACGGGAACGUCAAUUAACCUCACAGGCUCAGACGGCGACCAGGUUCGACGCAAACACGGCAACGUCGAAGGGACUUGAGGAAAAGUAAAAAACAGAGCCUAGCGGAGCUGCGGAGAGGAUGAGGGCUCCUGGGUCGUGUCUCUUGACCGGAGCUUGCGCCAUCGCCGAGGACGACGAAGAUACUACAAUCUACCGGUUUCGAUCGACGGCGACGAGGUUCGACGAAAACAGGGCAAUGACGAAAGGGCUUGACGGAAACAGAGCCGGAGAGGAUGACUGUUGCUACCUGCUAGUCUGUGUCGUAUCUGACUCUUGGGUGGAGCUUGUUGCCAGUGAUGGAGACGAUGAAGAUACUGCCGGGUUCGAUGAACGGAGCAGUGAUCGGCAAUCGUGACUCGUGCUCGUGUAGGCAGCAGGGUAGGGCAGCAGGGACAUAAAGAGCGAUGCAAGGUUAAUUGCUUAGGUUAGGCUGUUAGGGCUUUUGUUUAAUUGUUUUGGGUUGCCGGCGUUUGGAAUUCAGUUGGCGAAGUGGCGAUUGCGUACUCCGAUUCGGUAAUGGAAUACUGCUUGGCCGACGGUAUAUUACCUAUCGGAACUCGGUACACCGCUAGCAUCAAAACCACAGCCGAUUACCGUUUGUUUCGGUUAACGGGUUAACCGAAAACCACGAUUACCGGUACGGUUAUCGGUUAACACGUUAACCGCACAACCUGCUAGCACUCCUACAUGUUGUUGUGGUUUUUCGGUAGUGGUCUUGGGACACGAUGGAUGGGUACAACCUAGGAUUCCACCAAAAGUAUUUCGAGAUAUGGUAUAAAUCUUCGGUAGCGGUCUUGACAAAUGGUGGAAGAGGACAAAUUAUGAUUUCGUCGAUAGUGUUUCGAGAUGGGUUGCGAAUUGGUGAGCCAAGACAAUGAUUUAGGCGAAAUAUCAUAGAUGAAAACCUAAUAGAUAAUUGUUGCAAAAGAGAACGCAAUGAACAAUAGAUGAAACC